GACGUGGAGACAUCAUUGACAAGAAGCCACCGACACGCGACCACUGCCAGCUGCUUCUGGUUACCAUCAUAAAUCCCUUGGACAUUCCGCAGCCCCUUUUGCCUUUCACUACCACUCGAUUCGAACUCGAACCUCAAAGUUAUCUAACUUAUCAAGUCUUUGUCCGCCAGUAUCAUGUCUCUCAAGAGCGAGAAGGUUCCUUCGUCUGCUGCGUUCGACGACAUUGCUGCAGCUCUUUCCAACGACGCCGAUAAGAAAGACGCAGUAAAGAAGGGCGGUGCUGUUUUCGCUUUCACAAUUAAAAACAAUGUCGGUGAUUCUGAGAGCUGGCACAUUGAUCUUAAGAAGACGGGUGCUGUCGGCAAGGGCACCGCGCCAGAGGGCGGAAAAGCUGAUGUGACGCUUCUGCUUUCUGACAACGACUUCGCGAAGCUGGUCGCUGGGAAGGAGAACGCGCAAAAGCUCUUCAUAUCAGGCAAGCUGAAGGUCAAGGGCGAUGUCAUGAAGGCCACAAAGAUGGAGCCAAUCUUGAAGAAAGCUCAGCAGAAACAGAAGGCCAGCGCUAAGCUAUAGUCAAUUUCAAGCAAGUCUUACGCCAAAGGUUGCGCGGCGAAAUGAGAUAGCCACAGUGCAAUAAAUAUCUCGUGCGGGUUUAGGAGCACUCAGAUGUUCCAAAGGUCUUCGCGGUACUUGAUAAAUCUAUUAGGG